AUGGACCUUGAAAUUACAUUAGCAACAGAAAACGGGCAACAGCAAUGUCAACAACGACUCAAAUCAAAAAGAGAAAAAUCUCGUGAACAAAAUGUUGUUAACCUUGUUCAAGGAUUGUCACCUUAUUUGGUUACAGAGGCAACAACUGAAUGUACUAAUCAAUCCUCAAAUAAUCAGCUACUAUGCUCAUGUGAAAGCAUAGUAUCACAAAAUAAUGACGCAAACAAUCAUAAUAAUAUGGAUAUUGACUUCGAUCUAUUAGAGUAUGAAAGCGAUGAAUCAGAUACUGAUGAUGUAAUUGAUAAUCAAUCAGAUGAUGAUUUGACUUUGUUCCAUGGAAAUCGUCGAACAGAACCUGAUCAAAAUUCAGCACUUCUUCAUCAAAUUUAUUCAUAA